UUCGCUGGAGUUGCUUCCCUGCGCGUCUUAGAGUCGGUGGGAGGGGAGAAGCAUUCCCCAAAAUCUCUUCUAACGAUGGAGACCCGUCUGGUUGUAUUCCCUGGCGCCCACUUUACUCUUUCUACCUGGCUAAUUCUUUCCUCCUGGUAUGUUUUUCCAAAUGUAAAGGCAGAUAUAAGUUGCGCGUCACGUAUGUCGCCAAUGCAAGUGAUUUACGCAGGGGACGAGCAUCUGCGUGACCCGUCUGAUUCUGGGAAAUAUCCGAGACAGGAUCAAAAGAAACCCAAGCUGAUCGCAGUUCUUUACCCGAAUAUUGGAGUACCAACAACACAAGAGGUGGAUGGUUUUCCAGGGAUCGCGCCAAAACUGGAAAGAAACGCGGAGCAGAUAAACUCCCGCGCGCUUUUGGGGGACUCCACGGAGUCCGCUUUAGACGAAGAAUUGUUUUCGGAUGAAUAUGUGAAAAGUGUAUCCGAAUAUGGACCCGGGGACGCUGCAUUGGGGAGAGUCAAAAGAAGCGUGCCCGAAUUUCUGGAGAGCGCGGAAGCCCACUCGGAGGAGCAGAGAAAGACCUCCGGUCUGCGGGUGGACGGACAGAGUAAACGCGCCGAAGUUCGCUGGAACAGAGAUGAUGAGCACGAACCCAGACCCGACGAACCCAAACUGACCAGCAGCACUUUUGCUCUGGCUGGAGACUCUGCGCACAACCACGCAGUCGUUUACUGGACUGGAAAAAACAGCAGUGUGAUACUGAUUCUCACCAAGCUGUAUGACUUUCACCUUGGCAGUGUAACGGAAAGCACUUUAUGGAGGUCGACGGAUUAUGGCAGCACUUAUGAGAGGCUGAAUGAUAAAGUGGGAGUCAAGACUGUUUUGAGUUACCUCUAUGUCUGCCCCACCAACAAGAGAAAGAUAAUGGUGUUGACUGACCCAGAGUUUGAAAGCAGUGUUCUCAUCAGCUCGGAUGAAGGUGCCAGUUAUCAGAAGUACCGCUUAAACUUCUUCAUCUUAAGUCUUCUUUUCCAUCACACUCAAGAGGACUGGGCUUUGGCCUACAGCCACGACCAGAAGCUGUAUAGUUCAUUUGACUUUGGCCGAAAGUGGCAGCUGGUUCACGAGCGAGUGACUCCGAACCGCUUCUACUGGUCAGUAACCGGUCUGGACAAGGAGUUAGAUCUGGUGCACAUGGAGGCCCACACUCCUGAUGGCCAUUGUCAGUAUGUGACAUGCAGAGCUCAAGCCUGUUCCGAAUCCAGUAGGACAUAUCCAUUUUCUGGUUAUAUUGAGACCAACUCACUUGUGGUUCAAGAUGAAUAUGUGUUUGUUCAGGUGACGACCACUGGCAGAGCAAGCUACUAUGUGUCCUAUCAAAGAGAACCCUUUGUACGCAUUAAAAUCCCCAAAUACUCCCUGCCCAAGGACAUGCAUAUUGUGAGCACAGAUCAAGGUCAGGUUUUCACUGCUGUCCAGGAGUGGAACCAGAACGAUACCUACAACCUGUACAUAUCUGACACGCGUGGAAUAUACUUCACUUUGGCCCUGGAGAACGUCAGGACCAGCCGUGGGCUCGGAGGCAACAGCAUGAUCGACCUUUACGAGGUAGCAGGGAUUGAAGGUAUGCUCAUUGCUAAUAGGAAGGUGGAGAACCAGGUGAAGACGUACAUUACUUACAACAAGGGCCGAGACUGGAGGCUUUUGCAGGCGCCCACUACUGACCUGGCAGGAAAUCCCAUUCAUUGUGUGCUGCCGUUUUGCUCGCUGCACCUACAACUGCAGAUGUCAGAGAACCCGUACCUCUCCGGCUCCAUUUCCACCAAGAGCUCGGUGCCGGGAGUCAUCGUGGCUACAGGAAAUAUUGGGUCGGAGCUGUCUUACAAUAAUGUGGCGAUGUUCAUUUCAUCAGAUGCAGGCAAUAACUGGAGACAGAUUUUUGAAGAAGAGCACAACGUGUGGUUUUUGGACAAAGGUGGAGCUUUGGUUGCCGUGAAGCAGCCCACUGUGCCCACUAGACAUCUUUGGAUCAGUUUUGAUGAAGGUCGUCAGUGGACGCGUCACAGUUUCUCAGCCAUGCCGCUCUUCGUGGACGGUGUUCUGGUGGAGGCAGGGGCAGAAAAUCAGAUCAUGACGUUUUUUGGACACUUCAGUCAUCGUUCUGAAUGGCAGCUUAUCAAAAUUGACUACAAGCCCAUAUUCACCAGAAGGUGCACAGAGGGAGACUACCAAACCUGGCACCUGCAUAACCAGGGUGAGCCAUGCAUAAUGGGUCAAAAGCAGAUCUACAUGAAGCGUCGUCCUGGAAACUACUGCAUGGUUGGAUGGGACAACUCCAGGAUCCUGUCUGCAGAACCCUGUAUUUGCAGAGCGCACGACUUUGAAUGUGAUUAUGGUUUUGAGAGAAGAGGGGAUGGAAACUGUUUGCCUGCAUUUUGGUUCAACCCUUCCACACUGUCUCGAAGCUGCAGCCAAGGGCAAAACUACCUCAACAGCACAGGAUAUCGUAAAGUGGUUGCGAAUAACUGCACAAAAGGAGUGAAGGAGAUGUACACAGCCAGGAAACAGCAGUGUCCGAAUCGCCCCCCUCGAGGUUUAGUCCUGACAACACAUGAUGACAAACUCACAGCCAACAUGGGCAGCAAUGUGACCUUCCUGUUGCAGUUAGAAGAGGGUGACUCUAUGAGGACAAACAUUCAGCUGGACUUUGGGGAUGGUACAGCCGUGUCCUACUCCAACCUGAGCUGGACAAAAGAGGGCAUCCGGCACAUGUACCGCAGCGCAGGCAUCUUCAGAGUAACAGCGCUGGCGGAGAACAGCCUCGGGCUCGACACCUCAUCCCUCCACCUGCAUGUGACAUGCCCUGUGGAGCAUAUUCAGCUGCUGGCUCCAUAUGUGGUCAUUAAGAACAAGGAGGUGAACCUGACGGCAGUGGUCUGGCCUUCUAAUUUCAGAACGCUUACCUAUUUCUGGUGGCUGGGGAACAACACAGAGCCCAUAAUUACACUGGACAGCAGUAUUUCCCACACGUUCAGCACCGAGGGCAUGGUCACCAUCACUGUUCAGGUCUCGUCAGGAGACUCUAUACUACAGGACACCAGAAGCAUCGCCAUACAAGAAUUCUUCAAAUCGCUUCUUUUGUCUUUCUCUCCUAAUCUGGACGAGGCUAACCCCGACAUCCCGGAGUGGAGACAGGAUGUGGGUCGGGUAAUUCAGAAGGCUGUUCUACAAGUCGCUGACAUUCCGGAAGAACAGUUGCUGGUGGCCGUGUUUCCUGGCAUUCCGACUGCGGCCGAACUCUUCCUGCUUCCUCCCAGGAACCAAUCGGAUGGCAGGAAAAGGACAGAGGAGGAUCUGGAGCAGAUCUCAGAAAUCUUGGUCAACGCAUUGAAUCAGAUCUCUGUGGAGUUCGAGUUGAAACCUGGCUCCCGGGUCAUCGUUUACACCACACAAUUAACUUUAGCUCCACUGGUUGACUCCAUCCCGAGACACAGCAGUUCUGCUAUGCUGAUGCUUCUGUCUGUGGUGUUUUUGGGUUUAGCUGUAUUUCUCAUCUACAAAUUUAAGAGAAAAAUCCCUUGGAUUAACAUUUAUGCGGAGGUAAACCAUGAGAAAGAGCAGGAGAUGAUCAGUACGGUGGGCCAGAAUGACGCCACACCAAAAAUCACCCUGAGUGAGUUCUCCACCCAGAAAGAGCUGAUGGAGAAAGAGCUGGAGGCCCGUGCCAAACGCGGUGUGAUCAACACCUGCGAAAGCACAAGGGAGAUCCCCAACUGCACGAGCGUCUGAAAACGUCAAGAAAGAAGGCGGAGGCGUAUUGUAAUAAUGUGUACAGAGGUAUCACAAUUUUAAAGGUUGACAGUUUUCCUUUAUGCUUUUUUUGUAAAUUCCAAACACUGUCAUUGUUAAUAGUUUUCUAAGGAGCUCAGAUUUGCAUGGGUGUCUUGUUUGUUACAAUCUGCGUGGAAAAUAAGAAUAGAUUUAACUACUCUACAAGUCACUGAAAACAUGAUUGGUUGAGAAAUUACCAAUUUACCAACAUUUGAAAUUCAAAAAAAUGUUGUAUUGGAAUCGUAAUGGAAAGUUGGGGGGAAAGCCACUUGCCCGGUGCAUUUUUGAAUUAUAUCUGCCAGUUUAUCAGUUUUGAAACUGUGUGAAAAAAAAGGUGGCUUUUAGUAUCAAAAACUUUGCAUUUUUGUUGGGUCAGAACGUAUUUAUGCCAAGUUCAUUUAACUAUUCAAACUGAUUUUCAUAAAUUUUGGAGAGUGUUUUUAGUGACUACAUUAACUUAAUUUUUCUGUAGGUCAUCUCGUUUUUUUUUAUAUUUGUCAGAACUUGAACGGAGGGGACAAAAUUGCAUCUAAAGCAUGCAAGAAAAGCCAACAGUGUUUAUAUCCCUCUUUAUAUUACAGCUUUGCAUUCUUCUUGUAAUCAAUCCUGCUCUGCAAUCUUCUAAAUUAGUGGUUGUUGAAACAUUUCAAGUUUUAAUUGCACAUUUAUCACGCUUAUCGAGCCUUCGUCUAAAGGUGAAGAGAUAUGGACUAAACGGUGAAUUUUUCAGUCAUGAAGUGAGAUACCUUUCCAAAAGCACUGUGAUAAAAUGUCAAUUUGAAGGCAAGCUUUUUGUACUUCUAUAAAGAGGGAAUAUAGAGUAACUAUUAAGAAUAACAUCUCUAUAGUAAAGCUUUUUUUGGAGCUCGAACUUAAGUAAAAUCCAUGAAAUAUCAAACGUUGAGAAUGUUUUGUGGAAUAAAUCCAACCCGAUCUCACGGCAAUUCGUACAUUUUUCACAAGUUGGCUUAUUCGUACGAAUUCAUAAGACCACACUCGUACAAUUUCAUACGAUUGUUGCCAAAUCGUACGUAUUUUACAAGGUGCACAAUUCGUAUGAAUUUGUACGAAUGACCUACACCUAACCCCGCCCCUAAACCUAACCGUCACUGGGGUCGUGUAAAAUCGUACGAGUGAGGUCGUACAAAUUCUUACGAAUAAGCCACCUCGUAAAAUAAGUACGAAUUGGUCGUGAGAUAGCGUUGAAUAAAUCUCUUGAUAUACGAACACAAGAGAGCUUGAUAUCUUUUUGGAAAAUGUUAUAAAAUGUAACUUUAUCACGAACAAACCUUCGGCUAAAUGUAAUUUAUUGUAAGUUUCUCAAAUAUAUACUGUCCAUCUGUAUUUUUUUUUCUUUUCUUUUUUUUUUUUUGUAGAUAAAUGGCCUACGGAAUCAUUUUGCUUCAUAAGUGAAUGCCUUACAAAUAAGAAUGCCUUUUGAAUAAUGAGUAUUCAUAAUUUAGAAUCGAAAAUUAAUUUAUAACAGUUUUAACAGUUAACAAAGCCAUUUUUAUUUAAUUUUUUGCACACAUUUUUAAGGUGUCGCAUCUCCCAGGGAUUGAAAAAAGCAUUGAACUGUACAAUAUUCUCAAGUUUUAAUUUCUUUGUAUAUACAGCAAGUGUAUUUCAUUUCAUAUCCUUAUACUGUAAAUAUAAUAGUGAAGACUGAAGUCCACUGAACACAGUCUGCUAUACAUUUCAGAAAGUGGGUGUUACGAAUCCAAACAGUGAUUCCUUGAUGUGCUAUAAAUAAGCCAGUGCUGUAAAUAGUUUUUUUAUUUUAUUUUAUUCAUCCAUUGUGCAAAAAAAAAAAGAAAAAGAAAAAGAAAGGUAAAGACGUAUUGCAUAUGCUUCAAUGUUGCCAUUUUGGAUUUUGACCUCAGAUUUAAAGUCAAACCUAUAGAGAGCAGUGUUUCGGUAUAUGGUUAGACAUUUUGUAUUGGAGUUGAUUUCCUGUGUCACACAAAAUGGAUAUAAUUCAUGAAUAAUAAGCAGGUGGUUUCUUAGAUUCCAUUGUGAAUGUAAAUGUAUAGCAAUAUAGCAGAAUAUUAGUGACUUUGGCCAAAAUAUCUCCCCAAGCAUUCAAAUCCUGUUCUACUCAAUUAGUGACAUAUUACAAACCGAAACAUUGUGCUUCAUCGUAUCCAUGUAAAAUAUAUGUUUUAUGAAUACAGAGCAAAAUUAUUAUUUUUUCCUAUCUGAAACCUAACAAUUUGAUGUUAAAUGAUCAAAACAAGUAAAUUAUGAAAUCUAAAUGGGUAAGAACCAUGUUUUCCUGGUAUUCAACUAGUGUUAACAAGUGUUGAAAUCAUUGUUUUUCUUAUUUUUUAUCAUUUUAAAUAACACAUGCACCAUACAUGAACUCUAUGUUUUGAAGCUUGGUGAGCUGUCUUACACAGGACCUUUGUUUUGAAACCGUCUGCGUAGGCAGCAUCUGUGUGUGUUAUAAAAUAGUGCUCCUCACGUCAACAGUGAUACACUAAUAAGCUUAUAAUUAUUAUUAUGAUUAUUAUUAGAUUGAAAUAAGAACAGUAUUGCUUGUAUUCAUAAUAACAUCAAUGUUGGCUGAUAAAUGACCCCCCCCCCC